ACAACUACAGAGGCUGUUACCUCACAGGCCUUAGUGAAUAAAUCGGAACAGGAUCUCAGGCCGGGAUCCUGGAAUCACUCUCAGACAGACUGGAUACUGGAGAUGGCUGUGGAAGGAAGGAAUCAAACUGUCAUUACGGAGUUCCUUCUUCAGGGGCUUCCCAUCCAGCCAGAGCAGAAAAACCUGUUCUACGCCCUGUUCCUGGCCAUGUACCUUACCACCGUCCUGGGGAACCUCCUCAUCAUCAUGCUCAUUCAGCUGGACUCUCACCUCCAAACACCCAUGUACUUCUUUCUCAGCAAUUUGUCUUUCUCUGACCUCUGCUUCUCCUCAGUCACGAUGCCCAAGUUGCUGAAAAACAUGCAGAGUCAAGUUCCAUCCAUCCCCUAUGCAGGCUGCUUGGCUCAAAUGUACUUCUUCCUAUUUUUUGGAGAUCUGGAGAGCUUCCUCCUUGUGGCCAUGGCCUAUGACCGCUACGUGGCCAUCUGCUUCCCCCUGCACUACACCACCAUCAUGAGCCCCAAGCUGUGUGUCUCCCUGGUGGUGUUGUCUUGGGUGCUGACCACACUGCAUGCCCUGUUACACACUCUCCUCAUGGCUAGACUGUGUUUCUGUGCUGACAAUAAGAUCCCCCACUUUUUCUGUGACAUGUCUGCCCUGCUGAAGCUGUCCUGCUCUGACACUCGAGUUAAUGAGUUGGUGAUAUUUAUCACAGGAGGAAUUAUUCUCGUCCUCCCAUUUCUGCUCAUCAUCAUGUCCUACGCUCGGAUUGUGUCCUCCAUCCUCAAGGUCCCUUCUGCCAGAGGCAUCCGCAAGGCCUUCUCCACCUGUGGCUCCCACCUGUCUGUAGUGUCUCUGUUCUAUGGGACACUUAUCACUCUCUAUUUAUGCCCAUCAGCUGAUAACUCUACUGUUAAGGAGACAGUCAUGGCUGUGAUGUACACUGUGGUGACGCCCAUGCUAAACCCCUUCAUCUACAGCCUGAGGAACAGAGACAUGAAGGGAGCCCUGCGAAGAGUCUUUUUCAAAAAUAAAACUUCCUCUUCUGUAUGA